ACCGCGCACAGGAGCGUCUGCGGGACUCUGCUCCGCUGGUGCGCGCUCCGACAGACAGUUUGACGUGCGGACUUCUCCAAGCUGAGAGUGCGGGAUCAUCUGCGACUUUAUCCGCUUUCACUGCAACGAAAAGAGGUUCAAAAGCUUCAUCAUGGGAAACUUCUUGAACAGAAGGCGAGAUCCCUCAGCCAACAAUGCCAAAACUGCUGCCACUGAACAGAAGCCUGCAGAGGAGCCAGCAGCUACACAACCAGCACAAGAGUCUGAAGCAACACAGAUUCCGGAGGCUGUGAAGACAGAGAAUAUAGACAUGGUGGCUGGGGAUCCGGCGACAGUAGUGGCCUCUCUGCCUCCUGGGGAAUGUGCAUCAGAGUGUAAAGAGGUAAAGGCUCCUGCAGUCCCACUGAAUGAUGCUGAACCAGAGUCUGUGGCAAAGGAAACCUCCACUCCAGACCAACUUGAGCCUCUGACCUCUGUCAGUGAACCAUCACCUUCAGAACCAGAACCAAAACCUGUUGCUGAAGCUCAGCUCGCUCCAGAACCAGCUCCAGAGGUCAUUUCAGAACCAGAGCCUACCUCCAAUCCAGAGGCGGAGGUUGAGGUUGAGGCAGUCCCUGAGCCCCUCUCCGAGUCAGCACCAGCCCCUGCUGAGGCUCUGGAGCAGCCGGCAGACGUGCUUACCCAAGAGUCCCUCCCUGAGCCAAUGAUUUCUUCACCCGCUUUGAUCGACCUGGGUGUCCCUGACGCAACUCCCCAACCCAUCAACACUCCACCCCCCCCAGCUCCCAUCCCUGCCCCAGUUGAUGCAGACGAGCCCUCAGACAUCCCUGCGGUGGCUGAGGAAUGCCACGACAGCGCUGAGGUUCCCGUGACUUCCACACUUGAGCUGGAGACGUCUGAGGAAACAUCAGAAUCUCUGGAGAAGUCGAUGGAAGUGGAGGCUUCAGGGACUUUGGAGCAGCUCGUGAGCAAUGUCAACGAGGAAAGUGUUAACGAACUCCUACAGAACUUGGAGCUGAAAGGAAAUGACCUUGUCGCUGACCUCAUUCCCACUGAUGUCAAGAUUCCUGAUGACAGUCCCAUCACAGACAUGAGCACCUCCACUGAGCUGAUGUGAAUCCACGGAAGAGGAUUUAUGAAAGAAGUGGAUGGAUAUUUUUCUGUGAAACCCUCAUAACCCUUUACAUGAAAUCUCAAACAAUCAAAGAUGUCAUGUUUUUUUGUUUUUUUUUUUUACACCUUAAAUGGCCAAAUAAAGGCAAACAGUCUAUUUUCUCUUUCAAAAGCUUCCAAAGUGCCAAAGAACUCUGAAACAAAUUGAUGUCUUCUCACACAAAAAAACCCACAAAAUAGUCCUACAUAUACAGUAUGUUUCUGAUACAUUUCUAUAGCCAGACAGUGUGUGGGUGAGGGCAGCACAGGAAUAUGAGUGUACUUGAGGGUGUUGUUGGACAAAAGAGAUAUUUCUCUAUGCAAAUUGAACAAGAAUUUAAACAUAUUUCUUGCAGGGACUUUAAGAACAAGAUAGCAUUACUAUAUAACAGCCUUAUCCAAGGGAAGUACGAAAAAACAAAUGACUCUUUCAUGUUGAUCAAACACAAAGAGAAAAGGAAAAUCUUUUUUAGGUGGGUAGAGGUUGAUGUAAAAUGACAGGCAUGGGACAGUAGCAAUGCAACCAAAGAUGGAGUACAUGCAUACUGCCAAAAUAGCAGGAUACAAGUGUCCAACAAACAUUUAUGUCUUAAUGUAGCCAUGUUUGGACUUUGCAACAGGUGUGGUCAUUUUAUUGUAUUUUCAAUACAAUAAUGGGAUUUUUUUAACCAAACUAGAGGCUUGCUUGUGAAAAUAAAAAUAUUAUUCAAUGUGU